GCUAUAAUUAUAUAUAGGUAGAGUGGUCGAGCCGAGAGCUCCAUGCGUUCAUAUAGAGAUAAACACAAAUAGACGCUCAGCGAAAACAUUUUCUCUGGUUAUAUUUCGGAAUCCAUUCAAUUUACAGAAGUGAAGUAAUGAAAGAAGUUGUGCCGGAAAUGAUUCUUCUUCAUCUGCUCUUGCUUAAUAUCUAUGUGCCUUUGUCUAUGAUCGGUCCAUAUGAAUCCAUAGGCAGUUCUGAUGCAGUACUAAAAAGGCAUUUCAUUUCUUCUUUAUAUGUCUCUCCAAGUACAGAUCUUCAGCCUCUUGCAACACCACAUGCACCUUCACCACUGAUGCCUUUCACAUAUAACGGCUUGCCAAAUUUUUCUGGAUGUUGUAUGUUGAACUUUUUUUCAGCUGAAAGUAUAUCAAGUGUGAUAGCAACGGAUUGCUGGUCUUCCCUAGCACCAUAUCUUGCAAAUGUGGUUUGUUGUCCUUAAUAUGAGGCCAGCCUUGUAGU